CCCACAGCUUCCGCCCGCCAGAGGGCACGUCGCCCCGCCCCCUCUCUCCGCUUCCGCUUCCGGGUGAGCCGGCUGUCAUGGCGGUGCUGGCGGCCAAUCCUAACAACCCCGUGGUGUUCUUCGAUGUCACCAUCGGCGGGCAGGAGGUCGGCCGCAUGAAGAUCGAGCUGUUUGCUGAUGUCGUGCCCAAAACCGCAGAGAAUUUCAGGCAGUUUUGCACCGGUGAAUUCAGGAAAGAUGGUGUCCCUAUAGGUUAUAAAGGAAGCACUUUCCACAGGGUAAUAAAGGAUUUCAUGAUCCAAGGAGGUGACUUUGUAAACGGAGAUGGCACUGGAGUAGCCAGUAUAUAUAGGGGUCCUUUUGCAGAUGAAAACUUCAAGCUGAAGCAUUCUGCUCCUGGCCUGCUUUCUAUGGCAAACAGUGGUCCAAGUACUAACGGCUGUCAGUUUUUCAUUACGUGUUCCAAAUGUGACUGGUUGGAUGGAAAACACGUUGUGUUUGGUAAAAUCGUUGAUGGGCUGUUGGUAAUGAGAAAAAUCGAAAAUGUGCCCACAGGACCGAAUAACAAACCCAAGCUGCCGGUUGUGAUCUCUCAGUGCGGGGAGAUGUAAAGCAAUGGAGCAGAAAUUGGGCUGAAAGUUCUCUGGAACACCGUUAUUUUUGGGUUUAAUUUCCUGCGAUGAAGUCACCCUUCAGUCAUGUGUGAAGCAAAUUCUGGAAUCUGCUGUAGAGCAGAUGAUCGUUAUCCUCUGUUUGAGCUCCAGCAUCUUCCUCCGACCGUGGACAUUGCAACUGGAGGCAGCCUGACUGCCUCUUACUCAUCUGAGCAUCACGUUCACCUCCAGCCCCUGCAGCGUGCCCCUCCUCAAAAGCUACCGUGUCCUGAAUGCAUCAGCCAUCAGGGGGACACAUCCUCACAGGCUUCAUCACUGAGAUUUGAAGGUUCCUCCCCAGUUAUCGGUAAAACUGAUAAGCAGCUCUGACUCUGUCAUUUAUAUGACCCUCUCACCUAGAUGCCGUUGUAUUUUCUGACAUUUUUCAGUUGAUUUAUUGAGUGUCAUCCAGUUUUGAUACAGUUCUUGUUUCUUGAUCAAGGUGUGUGCUGAUGCAGAUCCCCUACAGGACUGUGGUAUUGUAUUAAGCUCUUUCCUGCAUAGGCUGAGUUGGAGAUCUUAUGGAAAAAGAUAGAGGAGCUCGCCGAGA